AUGGUGGUGGAGAGUCGUGACGAUGAAGAUGAGCUGCUGCAGGGUAGAACGGAGGCAAGAGCCGUUGCUGCCCUUGGCAUUGAAACUUCAGACUCCGCAUUCCUAGCCUCCACAGAAGAGGCUGAGAAUGAACCAUGGGAUCGGGGGGAAAUGUUGCCACAAGAACGGCAAGCAGAGGGCACCUCUAUGGUUUCUUCCAAUAGUUCAGACAGGUGUAUUGAUGAGGAUAGAGACUGCCACGAGGACACUGCUUCGGCCAGCCAAGAGGACAUUUCGGUUGAUACGCAGUCAGAGAUAGCCUUUCAGCAGUGGAACACGUUCAGUUUUCAAGCAGAGGAUGAUGAUGGAGACGCACAAGAAGAGCCUGCCAUUAUAUCUGCCAAUAGCUCCAGCUUGACAGCUCUUGGUAUUGAGACAAGUGCUUCCAUGUUCUUGGCCUCGACAGCAAUAGAUCAGUCCUUAUCAACAGGAAAGGUUGCUUGUGAGGAGGAAGAGCAGCAGCAAUCCGCCUUCUCCGUUGAUGACAAUAGCAUCCAGCCUUUGCCAGAAUCGACCUUGGAAGCUUAUGAUGAUGCGAGCACACAAGCAGUAGAAACCCCCAAUAUCGUCAAUGCCGACAGUUUCAAAAGCCAAACCUAUGCUGGAGUCUUUCCUUGGUGGACUCGUUGCACAAACGCUGUGCAUCGUGCCAUUAUCAUUUUUGUGCUAUCUCUGGCACAAUAUGCCGCUCGUCGCCCUUGGAAAGUGGUUAUUGGAGUUUCCAUAUUCUCCGUUUUGGUCAUGGCCAUUGGCUUGGUUACCAAUUUCGUUGUGGUCUAUGAUCCUGAAGAAUUCCUCAUCCCCUUUGGAACUCCAAUAGAAGAACAGUACAAUUGGAUUUCCAAGACAUUCUCCGACACAGACAAUGUGCACAUUGGUAUGUUGAUUCACAAUAACGGAGGCAAUGUCAUAACUGUCGACACAACGCGCAAGGUGCUAGAAGUGAUGGAUGCUGUCUUUACCACACAAGGCUACAAUGAGGUUUGUUUGCAAGGUGACUACGUUUCUAUCUACGGUCAAACAACCUGUUGGUCAUAUUCUGUGGCACGGUUUUGGGAUUUCGAUAGUUCAAACUAUGACGCGACAAUCCACAGUGACGAGGAUGUCAUGGAUGUAAUCUCAAAGGCAACCUUCCCCUAUGGAGGGACUCCGGUCGCUCAUGACAUUCUCUUGGGCAACUAUGAACGUGACCCAGACACCAAGGUCAUCACAUAUGCCCAAUCCUAUGCCAUCACCGUGGAGCUUCCUUACAAGCCAGGAGUCGAGGACCUGGAAUAUGACCUUAUUCAAACUCUCAAUGCGCUGCGCGAGCAAUGGAGUCGGCUACCAGAGGAUCCUGUGCAACUGGAAUUCCUGGCUCAGUUGUCGCUUGAGAUGGAAGUAGAACGGGCGGUAAGGGAAGAUUUGCCAUUGUUUCCUUUCGUAUUUCUGAUCAUGAGCAACCUAGUCUCGCUGGUCUUUUUCAAACGUGACAAGGUCAAGUCUCGUUGGUUGCUCGGAUACGGAGCCGUUGUUACCAUCGUCUUCUCCAUCCUGACGGGGUUUGGGAUCAUGUUCAUAGCCGGUGUUCCUGUCUCAUCCAUGUUGCUGGUUUUGCCCUUCAUCAUCUUUGGAAUUGCCAUCGAUGACACCUUUAUAAUCACGGGAGCUUACUUCAGGACAGAGAACAUCACAUCUGAUGUUUACGAGAGAAUAACGAUUACCAUGAGAGAGGUUGGAUUGAGCAUCUCAUUGACGACCAUCACCACGAUUUGUGCCUUUGUCUUGAGCAGCCUCUCAACUAUUCGGGCUGUUCGAUGGUUGGGGUGGUAUGCAACGAUCACUAUCUUCAUCGACUUCUUAUAUCAGAUCACGUUCUAUGUGGCGUUACUCGUUCUCGACGAGAAACGCAUUCAAGCCAACCGUAGAGACGUCUGCUUUUGGAGAGCUGUACCACGAGAAGACAACUGCAACUCCUCGUAUGAUUUGCCUACUCCGGAGGCAACAGAGAGUAUCAUAAAGCUGGACAGCGACGAUGGAAGUGAUGAAAGCGACAACGUCACCUCUUCGCUGCAAUUCUUGGAAGCAAUCGAUUCCAAACGAUUCCAGCGACACUUCCAGCGGCACUUCCAGCGGCAAGGCAUCCAGAAAACAAACGAAGACGACAGCGACGAUGGAAGUGAUGACUGCGACAACGACGCCUCUUCGCUGCAAUUCUUGGAAGCAAUCGAUUCCAAACGCUUCCAGCGGCACUUCCAGCGGCAAGUCAUCCUGAAAACAAUCGAAGACGAUCCAAAGGUCGGAACCUGCAAGAUGAUAGAGGAAAGUCAACCUUUUGAACCGGACGACACAUGCAAUCCUUCGCCUGGCGCCAAUGGCGACAAUAUACUACUUUUACCCCGGAGGUGGUUCCAGCUCGCUGUGUCUGUGUCUUUUUUGGGCUAUUUUUUUCUAUGCUGCCACUCAACGUCGCUGUUGAGGCAGGAAUUCAAGACUCAAGACUUUGUGCCCGACGACUCGUAUGUAGCUGCUUUCGUCGACUCCUUUGCUGCGUACUUCACCGUUGACUAUGUGACAGGCGUCUAUUUUCGCGGUGUGAACCAAUCUGAUCCUAGAGUGCAAGAUCAAAUGCGUGCUUAUAUUGGGGAUUUGGGCGAGCUGUCUCAUGUGGGCGGCAACCCUCCUUUCUGCUGGGUAACCGACUUUCCUGCCUUCCAAAAUCUGUACAGAACCAAGUUGGAAAACAUGACCUUCACAGAACAGGUUGACUUUGCACUUUCAAUUCCAGCGCUGAAUGAAGUCUACGGCCCAGAUAUCAUCAUUGACAACUCUACCGGUGAAGUUUUGGCUUCAAGGUGCUGGUUGUACAUAAGGCAGAUUGACAUGAACGAUGUUGAGAACCAACUUGAAUUCUACAAAACACAAAAUACAGGAUCACUAGCCCAACCCAUCAAUGUAAAUCGAAAAGGCAUAUCUUUCUUCUCCUUUGACUACAUCUACUUUGUGUGGGAGUUCUACGCUGCGAUCGAACGAGAGCUCAUCAAUUCCAUAAUCUCGGGGACUAUAGCCGUGGGAGUGAUCAGCGUAUUACUCAUUCCCCAUUGGUCAGCACCAAUGUUUGUGGUUCCGUUGAUCAUAAUGCUCUAUGUUGACGUGAUGGGGACAAUCCAACUAAUGGGCCUGAGCAUCGAGUCCAUGACUUUUGUAAGCAUCAUUGUUUCUGUUGGUCUCUUAGUCGACUUUUUGAUGCACAUCCUCUUGAGGUACUACGAAAGCCCGGCUGCGACCAGACUGGAAAAGGUGCAACAAACUCUCACCACCAUGGGCGCGAGUAUCUUGGUUGGCGGCCUCUCCACGCUAUUGGGGGUUCUUCCAUUGUCGCUAGGGUCAAGCAUGGUCGUUCGGACGGUGUUUCUCUGUUUCUUUGCCAUCGUGUUGAUAGGGUUGUCUCAUGGCCUGGUGUUUCUACCGGUAGUUCUCAGUUUGGUGGGCCCGGUCAAUAGGGGAGUGUCCACCAGAAGUCGAAGCAUUGAAAAAUACUGCCAGCUGGUUGACCGGAUAGACGAGAAAACUAAUCCCGCCUUAGUAGCAGUGUGUUGA